AUGCCGGUCAAAAUCGAUAUUGAACAUCUGGGAACUUUAAAGAAGAAUCGAGAUCGGGAUGAAGGAGGUGGUGAUCUUUAUUUUUCUCUCUUCGACUAUAUCAGACAGACUGCAUCGCCCGGGAAUUCCCUCAAAGAGGCGAUCGGUGCAGAUUUCAUAUCAACUCGUAGGAACUUGGUUACAUUGUCCGCAUCAGCAUUCCCUGGAAAGCCUUUCCAGAUCCGUGCACUUCGAAAAGAUGGAGUGAUUUUCAUAUGUGACCGAUCAUCAGAGCAAGAAACUAUUAACAAUUAUGCAGGAGGUUAUAAGUUCGAGCAGUACAUGACUUUGAAUGAGAACGGACACCCUCAUGAUGACGAUGAGCCGGUUUCAAAUGCAGAGUGUGUCAAAUCAGUUCUUCGAACAACAUUUGAAUCAGGAGGAAAAGAGAUGAAAGUGUUUUAUGCUGCGGAGCUGGAUGCAGUAGACAGAGAGGAAAACUUGGUUGAGUUCAAAUCGACAAACCUUGGACAUCAAAAUUGGCUUGAGAGACUCAGUCGUAAUCAUUACUUGCAAUCUUAUUUUGGAAACGUUUCUUAUAUAAUCAAAGGGUCAACAACAAGAGAGAAGAUUGUUUUCCAGCUGGAUAAAAUUCUUGUCGACGAAAUCCCUAAAAUGGAAGUAAACUGGGAUCCGGAGACAUGUUUCGUAAAAUUGUUCGAAAUCCUGGAAGAAGUCAAAACGAGACUUGAAAAUGACGAUGAAGCAGUCAUUAUCAGAAGUGAUGGGGUGAACAUCUAUUACGAAGAAGAAGAUGCUAACAACUGCAAUUUUGUAGAUCCCGAAUUUUUGAGAAACUUCUAUUAA